AUGUGCGUGGAAUUCGCUCACAGGUUAUCAUUGUUUAUGUGCUACUCACGCGGUCAGCAGCACCGGCCGCCCCUACUCAGUCAGCGGCCGCCCUACCACGCGGUCAAGCAGCACCGGCCGCUACUCACGCGGUCAAGCAGCACCGGCCGCCCUCUGGUCAUGCCGCUGGCCUACUCACGCAGUCAAGCAGCGCAGCCGCUCUGGGUCAUGCCAUUGGCCCCUACUCGCAGUCAGCAGCACCGGCGCUACCACGCAGUCAAGCAGCACCGGCCGCCCUACUCACGCACUGGCCGCUACUCCGCAGUCAGCGCCCCUACUCACGCGGUCAAGCAGCACCGGCUACUUCUCGCAGUCAUGCAGCACUGGCCGCCCUACGCAGUCAAGCAGCGCGGCCGCCCUACCGCAGUCAAGCAGCACCGGCCGCCCUACUCACGCAGUCAAGCAGCACCGGCCGCCCUACUCACGCGGUCAUGCAGCACUGGCGCCCCUACUCACGCAGUCAAGCAGCACCGGCCGCUAUGCGGUCAUGCAGCUGGCCGCCCUACUCACGCAGUCAAGCAGCACGCCGCCUACUCCGCGGUCAUGCAGCACCGGCCGCCCCACUCGCGGUCAUGCAGCGCCGCCUAUACGCAGUCAAGCAGCAGCGCCCUACCACGCGGUCAUGCAGCACUGGCCGCCCUACUCACGCAGUCGCAGCAGCCGCCCUACUCCGCGGUCAUGCAGCACUGGCCGCCUACUCACGCAGUCAAGCGCAGCCGCCCUACUCACGCAGUCAAGCAGCACCGGCCGCCCUACCGCGGUCAUGCAGCACUGGCCGCCCUACUCACGCAGUCAAGCAGCACCGGCCGCCCUACUCACGCGGUCAUGCAGCACUGGCCGCCCCACUCACGCGGUCAUGCAGCACUGGCCGCCCUACUCACGCAGUCAAGCAGCACCGGCCGCCCUACCACGCAGUCAAGCAGCACCGGCCGCCCUACCACGCGGUCAUGCGCAGCACCGGCCGCCCUACUCACGCAGUCAAGCAGCACCGGCCGCCCUACUCACGCGGUCAUGCAGCACUAUCCGCCCUACCACGCGGCUGCCAGCACCGGCCGCCCUACCACGCAGUCAAGCAGCACCGGCCGCCCACCACGGGUCACAGCACUGCGCUCCCACGCAGUCACAGCACCGCCGCCUACCACGCGGUCAAGCAGCACCGCCGCCCUACUCACGCAGUCAAGCAGCACCGGCCGCCCACUUCACGCAGUCAAGCAGCACUGGCCGCCCUACUCACGCAGUCAAGCAGCACCGGCCGCCCUACUCACGCGGUCAAGCAGCACUGGCCGCCCCACUCACGCAGUCACAGCACCGGCCGCCCUACUCACGCAGUCAAGCAGCACCGGCCGCCCUACUCACGCGGGUCAAGGCACUGGCCGCCCUACUCACGCAGUCAAGCAGCACCGGCCGCCCCACUCACGCAGUCAAGUACACCCCGCCCUACUCACGCGGUCAAGCAGCACUGGCCGCCCUACUCACGCAGUCACAGCACCGGCCGCCCUACCACGCAGUCAAGGAGACCCGCCCACUCACGCGGUCAUGCAGCACUGGCCGCCCUACUCACGCAGUCAAGCAGCACCGCCGCCCUACCACGCGGUCAUGCAGCACUGGCCGCCCCUACUCACGCAGUCAAGCAGCACCGGCCGCCCUACUCACGCGGUCAGCGGCCGGCCGCCCUAUCACGCGGGUCAAGCAGCACCGCCCACCACGCAGUCAGCAGCACCGGCCGCCCUACUCACGCGGUCAUGCAGCACUGGCCGCCCCACUCACGCAGGUCAAGCAGCACCGGCCGCCCUACCACGCGGUCAAGCAGCACCGGCCGCCCCAUCACGCGGUCAAGCAGCACUGGCCGCCCUAUCACGCAGUCAAGCAGCACCGCCGCCCUACUCACGCAGUCGGCAGCACCUGCCGCCCUACUCACGCGUCAAGCAGCACCGGCCGCCCCACCACGCAGUCAAGCAGCACCGGCCGCCCUACCACGCAGUCAAGCAGCACCGGCCGCCCUACUCACGGUCAUGCAAGCACUGGCCGCCCUACUCACGCAGUCAGCAGCACCGGCCGCCCUACUCACGCGGUCAUGCAGCACUGGCCGCCCCACUCACGUCAAGCAGCACCGCCCUACUCACGCGGUCAUGCAGCACUGGCCGCCCUACUCACGCGGUCAAGCGCCGGCCGCCCUACUCACGCAGUCAGCAGCACCGGCCGCCCUACUCACGCGGUCAUGCAGCACUGGCCGCCCUACUCACGCGGUCAAGCACCGCGCUACCACGCGUGGUCAAGCAGCACCGGCCGCCCCACUCACGCGGUCACAGCACCGGCCGCCCCACCAUGCGGUCACAACAGAUAUAA